AUGACGUGCUACAGUAAGCUGUGGGGUGCGACCAGGGGUCAACGAGAUCCCACGUCGGUUUCGGAUUCAGCCCCGCGCCAGAAAGUGGCGGAAUCUGUUGUAUCUUUCAUCUUCGCUGAGGAGACUCACAGUGGUGGGCAGCUUGCUCCAUACGGUGAGAACACCUUCGUAGAGGUCCCGCACCUGCCCACGCAGCUGCCAAUGACCGAGCUCGAGGCCGAGGUGCAGCGCACGAGCCGAGUGGCAGCCUUCCUGGCACAGGAUGCCGCCGUCCUGUCGAAGGAACUGCAGGGUCUUCAGAUCUCUCUGCGAGGGCAUGCGAGGUUAGAGCCCGAUCCUGCUGAGGCACCCGCGGUCUCCGCGCUGGCGCUGGGCUCGGAGGAGUUCCGAGCCGUCCCCGAGGCUCGGAGCAAGCGGUGUUUUUAG